AUGAACCAAGAAACCAUCCAGCAGAAGAUCCAGACCGCUCGACGCGACGCUGAGAACCUCAAGGACAAGAUAAAGCGCAAGAAGGAUGAGCUUGCUGACACAACCCUCCGCGAUGUCGCCAGAGACCGCGUCGAGGCCCUGCCGCGCCUCACAAUGAAGACGAAGCGCACCCUCAAGGGUCAUCUUGCCAAGAUCUACGCCAUGCACUGGUCGACGGACCGCCGACAUCUCGUUUCGGCUUCGCAAGAUGGCAAACUCAUCAUCUGGGACGCCUACACCACAAACAAGGUCCAUGCAAUCCCUCUGCGAUCCUCGUGGGUCAUGACGUGUGCAUACUCGCCAUCUGGCAACUACGUCGCUUGCGGUGGUCUCGACAACAUCUGCUCCAUCUACAACCUGUCUGCCAGGGAAGGGCCGACGCGUGUAGCACGCGAGCUUUCUGGUCACUCAGGCUACCUCAGUUGCUGCAGAUUCAUCAGCGACAAGCGCAUCCUCACAUCCUCCGGCGACAUGACAUGUGUCCUAUGGGAUCUCGAGACGGGCUCAAAGGUACAUGAGUUUGCCGACCAUCUCGGCGAUGUCAUGAGCUUAAGCAUCAACCCCCUCGACCACAACCAGUUCGUUUCGGGUGCUUGCGACGCUUUCGCUAAGCUCUGGGACAUCCGACAGCAAAAGUGCGUCCAGACGUUUGCCGCCCACGACUCGGACAUCAACGCCAUCCAGUUCUUCCCCAACGGCAAUGCCUUUGGUACUGGAUCAGACGACGCCUCCUGCCGUCUGUUCGAUAUUCGUGCCGAUCGCGAGCUAGCAUCAUACCAGAUUCCUGAGCCUGUAUGCGGCAUUACAUCGGUAGCCUUUUCCGUUUCCGCCGUCUACUAUUUGCCGGCUAUGAUGAUUUCGAGUGCAAGGUCUGGGAUGUAUUGCGCGGUGGAACGCGUGGGCACACUGCAAGGACACGACAACCGUGUCAGCUGUCUCGGCGUUAGCAACGACGCACUCAGUCUCUGCACGGGUUCUUGGGACUCUAUGCUGCGCAUUUGGGCAUAA